AUGACAAAGCGCACAAAGAAGGUCGGCGUGACCGGUAAAUACGGUACCCGUUACGGUGCCUCCCUGCGAAAGCAGGUCAAGAAGAUGGAAAUCACCCAGCACGCCAAGUACACUUGCACCUUCUGCGGCAAGGUCACCGUCCGCCGCCAGGCCGUUGGUAUCUGGGACUGCAAGUCUUGCAAGCGAACCGUUGCCGGCGGUGCCUACACUGUCUCUACUCCCGCCGCUGCCGCCAUGCGAUCAACUCUGCGUCGUCUGAGGGAGAUUGCUGAGGUUUAA